GACCAUCUGUUUAAGUUACCAAAUAUUAAUUCACUCUUUAACCUGACUUAUCUGUUCAGAUGUCGAUAGAUAGAUAGAUAGAUAGGUGGACCAUUGACUUUCCGGAAGCCUCUCUCGUUGUUCUUCGAUUCUUGAAUGUCAUAUACACACACACUCCUUCAUCGAUCCAUAUUCGAUUCCACAAACGUGUAGCAUCACAACAACAUCUCUCUAUCGUAUCCUCCAAAUUCCACACAUCCAUCCCAACCCACCAUGCCUCAACCCCCCCUCCGCAUCGCCAUCCUCGAAUGCGACACUCCCCUCCAAAACACCAAUUCCAAAUACGGCGGGUACGGCGGAGUAUUCACCUCGCUCCUUUACCGAGGGGCAUCCGCCCUCAGCCCGCCUCUCCCAGAAUCCUCUCUCCAAAUCAGCAAAUACGACGUGGUGAGCGCGCAAGAAUAUCCCGCUCUCUCCUCCAUCGACGCCGUGCUCAUCAGUGGAUCUCGCCAUACGUCUUUUGAGUCCGAUGCGUGGAUAGUGAAACUGGUGGGGUUUGUGAAGAGUGUGUUGGAGCAGGAGAGGGUGAGGCUCGUGGGGGUGUGUUUUGGACAUCAGAUUAUUGGGAGGGCGUUGGGGGUCAAGGUGGAUAGGAGUGAUAAGGGGUGGGAGGUGAGUGUGACGCCUGUUGCGUUGACGGGGAAGGGGAAGGAGAUUUUCGGGUUGGAGAGUUUGAAUAUCUUUCAAAUGCACAAAGAUGUUGUAUACGAAUAUCCGAAAGAAGUAGAACAAUUAGCAUAUACAGACAAAUGCGCCACGCAGGGAAUGUAUAUCAAGGGGAGACUAAUCACGGUACAAGGACAUCCAGAAUUUACAGAGGAGAUUGUGAGGGAGCUAUUGGAGGCACGACACGCCUCGGGUGUUUUCGACGAUGAGACUUAUGAGGAUGCAGUGGGGAGAGUGAAUAAGGAUCACGACGGGGUGAAAGUAGCACAGGCGUUUUUGAAAUUCAUAAUGGAGGACUAGACAAGUAUUAUCCUCGAAUUGGGAUAGUUCUGCUAAAAUAGAUAAUUACCCGCAUCCA